AUGGGCAGCGGCAGCAGCCGGAGCGGCCGCGCCCUGCGGCGUCUGCGCAGCCCCGACAGCCGGCCGACGGGGCCCGGCGGGGCAGCCCCGGAGGGCGGGACGGGGCCGCCGGUCUCUGCGCCGGCGGUGGCAGCGGCCGGGGAGGAGGCCCCGGAGGCGGCGGCCGGCACCGAUCCCGGCCCCGCGGCGCCCCCCGACGGCGGGGAGGAGACCCUGCGUCUGCUGGACCAGCUGUUGGCCGAGUCGGCGGGCUGGGGCCCCGCGGAGCUGGCCCCGCGGGGCCCGGCGCUGCCCAAACCCGCAGCCGGCGCCGGGAGCCCGGUGUCCCCAAAGCAGAGCGCUGAAGACCACCCAGAGGGCAGCCAUGUCUCUGAGGCCCCAGGCAGCUGCCACAAGAAGCCCGAGAGGCAGUCGGCCAUCACAUAUGACUACUCCGAGGAGGAGCUGAUGGCCAGCAUUGAGCGGGAGUACUGCUGCUGAGGCCGGUGCAGCAGCAGCCUCACUGUCACCCAGCAACCAACCAACGUGCCAUUCCUCCCAGACCCAGCCCCAUCUGACCGGAACUGGGCUGGGGGCACACGUUCCAAGAUUUUUCACAACUGGCCUCUUCAAAUCCACAUUCAGACAGUUCUGAACAUGGCUGGCUGCUGGCCAUCGUGCUUGCUGGCAAGAGAUGAUCAGCCGUGCAGACCCAGGCAGAAGGAAGGUGCGAGUGCCGGGGAGAGCCAUCUACAAGGGUCUCUUGAAUCCUGAAACACUUUCCCUUUCUGAUGCCCACUCGCCAUGUGCUCCAAGGGAGGCUCAUUAGCUGAGUGUGGCUCAGACACGAGGCUACAGGGCCUCACACGUGUCCCACAGCGCCCCGGGGAGGUCUCCCACUGGAGGGCACAUCUAGGAGGUAUGCCUUGCGGAGCUGGAGGGAGUCACCCUCAGGUUUGCGAAUGAGUCUCAUGGAGAUGUUGCAGGUUCUGAUUCCAUGGGUCUGGGACACGGCCUAUGAGUCUGCAGGUCUCAGCAGUUCCCAGGUGAGACCCAGGCUGCUGGGUCCCAUCUGCGCCCAGAGCGGCAGGGACUGAGCCCAAGCCUUCUGCCUGGCUGGAUCUUCCUUCCCUGGUGCCGGAGGCCGCUCAGAGCCACAGCCCAGCCCCCUCCCCAGAGAGAGGCGUGUGUGCCUACAGCGUGUGUGUUGUGGGGGGACCAGAGCCAGAGUCCCCAGUUCUGAUCCUUGCCCUCGAACUAACCUGCAGUCACUUCCCCACUCUGGGCCUCGGGGUCCCUCUCUAGAAAGUGAGUCCCAGAGGUGUGUCCCCCACCCCCCUGCUCUGACCAUCUGGGAUUACACAUCCCAGGUGUCCUUGGUCUCCUUGUUCCCCUGGGGGCACGGGACUGCCUCCCCUGUUGGGGAUGAGCCCCAGUCCCACGUGCUCAGGGCCACCUGCUCUUCCACCUGGUAGAAGGAAGAAAAUCACAGCAGUGAGGCCAGAAGAGCCUUAGAACAUCUCCAGUGGACAAAUGAGGAAGCCAAUGCCUUGUGAACCAGGGGGCCCUUGGGGGAGACCUGCAGCCUGACUGGAAGGGAGGCCCCUGCUGUGGGCCCAGCGUGGCUGCUGUCUGAAAGUUCAGGGUAGCAGGCGAUCAAGAGCCCAGGAGGCGGGAGACCUGGGAGGCAGGCCCUCCAGAGCAGCUGGCCAGGACGUGGGUAAAAAAAGAAGGGCACGUAGAGGAUACCUGUUCGCCUCCCGAAGCCAGAACGGGUCUCAGCUUGUCCAGUGUUCCCCACCCACGUACAGGUGAUUCCUCCACAGCGUCACCUGCAAGAGCAUCUCAGGGCUCGAGGAACGGCCACCUGGCACCGUGCCCAGGCCACAGGCCUGCUGCCCAAAUGGGCAAACAGGCAUUUCCACAAACCUCUGUGACUUGGCAAGGGUGCCUUUGAUCAGAUGUUUCAUGGCAGGGAGAUUUUAAACUUCGAGGCUUUGAUGGAACCAUGGAUCCUUCCAGGAAAUGCCCCAGAGGUUGGCUCAGAACCUCCCCCAAACCAGAGCUAUUUCUCAUCCAAGCCCAAACCAUUUGUUUUGAUAUGAAGAUUAAACCUGUUAUUAUCAUAAUAAUACAGAUACUUCUUUUUGAAGUUAAAAUUUUGUUUCUCCCUACUAGACAGAUCAGGCCUUGACUUUAACAAUGUAAAUGUUUAGUUUUAUAUCAUUCAUUUGGUGAAUUAAUUCAGCCAGAAAGUUGACACCCGGUACUUUCCCAUGGAAACCUCAUAAAACCCUUCACGAGACAAAAGCAUUAAGGAAAAGAAUUCCUCAUGACAUUUGAUGUCACCGAUGGGGUGAAUACACUUCAUCAAAGCUGAGCAGUCACAGCGGUCAUUCUCAGGUCUUCAUAUUUUUUUUAUUCCCCCAAUUCAGGAAAAAAAUGUGUCUUCUGGAUGGUGUUUGACAAUAAAGCGGCGUGUCCCAGCUUUGAGGUGUUGCCACCCUGUGUCCAGGGGAGGCAGGCCGAUCACGCUUGGUGGUGGGGAAUCAGGUGCCAGCCUGGUAGCAAGUGCUUCUUGCACUAGGCAUGUGGACAGGGCCGCCUGGGUGCCCCGCGCUGCUCCAGGCUUUCUCUUGGUCGCUCGGUGUUGCCUCUGAGCUGCAGCUUUCUGCCGUGGAGCUGAGUGUGGGAUCUUCUCAUGGACACAGGGAAUGUGGCUGAAACAGAGGCAGGAAGAAAAACGUCUCUGUGUUGAAAGUGACAAUGACACUUUGAUGUCCGGAAAAGUCUCAGUGCCACAGACAUGCCUCCUGCUUUGUGUGGUGGCGGGUUCCUCUAAGAGGCUCCCAAGCGCAGGAAUUUAGAAAAUGCACCCCAUCCCCGGCUCUGAGAAAUGUCGUGUCCUUCCUCCUGGGGAGGGAGCCAUGGCCCUCAUUCUGCCAGCCACAGGCCUUCUCAAAGGGGCCCUGCCCAGCUCAGGCUCCCCAUCCUCACCUAAAAUAAAUUUUUCCCAGGACACUCCCCUUGAUGUGCCGAAGUCUCAGGUCUGAUUCUCACUGGGCUGCCAUUCUGGGUGGGCUGAGAUUGCAGGGGAGGGUGGAUGUUCCCAAGAGCAUCUGUUCAACCCACAUUCAUUCUCAUUUUCUGAGCCCCUGCUGCUUUGAGUCCGGCCCUCUAUGAGAUGCCGGGGUUCCGGUAGCAGUAUCUGGUCCCCACCAGUGAGGACGCACUGAUUCUAGUGAGGAGAGACACACUCAUCAGUGCUCCAGAAAAGCUUGUUUUUCUUCAGUAGCUCAGCCAUCUCUAACUCUUUGCGACCCCACGGACUGCAGCCCUCCAGGCUCCUCUGUCCAUGGGAUUUCCCAUGCAGGAAUACUGGAGUGGGAUACCAUUCCCUUCUCCAGGGGAUCUUCCCAACCCAGGGAUUGAACCUGGUUUUCCCGCGUCUUCUGCAUUGGCAGGCAGGUUCUUUACCUCUGUGCCACCUGGGAAGACCCCCCUUGGUAGGGAUGUCCCUCAGCAAAACCGUCUGGGCACCUCCUGUCCCAGCUCUCGUGAUCCACACACACAUAGCCAUCUCCCCGGGUUCCAAUACCGAGCAGGGGCCGCGAGGGGUCAGGUACCCAGCACACCAAGCCCGAGGCCCAGCCACUGCCCUGGCCCAGCGCCCGCGCCCUGUGGGCUUCUCCACGCAGCCUUAGCCUUGAGCCCCGAUCCAACCACGUUGGGUCGCGCUUUGAGAAGUGAUGCAAGUAAUGACUACUCAGCCCAGAGGAUGGACACGUGCCCCUGUGCACACAAUUUGCCUUCGGUGUCAAGGUGUUCUCCUCCCCGCUAGACACACCCUCUGUAGAUCUCCUGGGUUUUUCUGGGCUGUUUCUCUACCUUGGCACUCUGCCCCACACCCCAUCACCUUGGCAUCCCUGGACCCUCAGCUCCAUCUGCUCAGCUUGGGGACUCUGCUGGGUCUCUCAUGAGUUCCCGUCCCUGCAUCACAGUCUGGCAAUUUCCUCAAAGCCGCAAAUCUGGGCAGUUACAGGGUGCACCCCAUUUACAUCCUGUCUCUCAGGGUCACUGUCUUUCAUGAAUGACCUAAGGUCUAGUUCCUAGAAAACUCUCGUUUGAUAACUUUAUUUUGGUUAUGUUGGGUGUGAGAGUAUAUUUGGCUUUUCCUGUAACUCCAUCUUGGGUAGAAGUGUAAAAUUCCUAUUACUAUUACGUUCAUCUUUAAACUGUCACAGCUUGGCCAGUGGGAGCCCUGUGCCAUUUAGCAGUCCCUGACACCCUUGACGGCAGAUGGCAACAGAAUACUAUAAGCCCAUUCUGUUAUAUCUAUGCUCCAAGCAGUUACUCUUCAAGGAUCCCUGGUUGCUUUUGGUAAACAACUAGGGCUUUUUCUUCUAUGUGCAAAAUACAAGUGCCAGACCCUGAGACAGGCCCCUGCUCUCUACCUAGUCUUCACUUUAUAAAUAAGGAAACUAAAGGUCCAGUAUCUUUCUCAGCCAAACACAGCUAGAUGGAGUCAGAUCUGCACCCAGGCCUGUCUCAGGUGCUCCAAGGUUUUGCACCUGAACAGCUAGAAGGAUAGACUCCCUAUUUUUAAAGACAGUGGGGUCAACUGUUAGAAAAGCAAGUGUCUGGGUAGGGGGAGUUGAGGAGUUUGAUCAUUUAUAGGUUGGGAUGCUGGUUAGACAGGUAUCAAGCAGACAGAUGGAUAUAGGAAUUUGAAGCCAGGUGCACAAGUGUAAAGGAGAGACAAAAAUGCGGGGGUCUUUAUGGUAGAGAGAUCAUUUUGAUCUAAAUCACAAGGUUGGAAAAGCUCACCAAGGUUGUGAAGAGAGUACAAGAGGGGUCAGGGAGAGGAACGAAGACAGAGAAGGAGCGGUGAGAUUAAGAGGACAGUAGGGUGGUGUGGUUUGCAGGGGAGCCAUCGACCCUGUCCAGGGCUGCUGACAGAUGAGCCUGAGGAGGACCAGGAACCGAGGCCACCGGGCCACCUCUCGUGGGGUGUGGACACACAGCCCCAGCACAGUGGCUUAGCAAGAACGUACUCACAUUACUUUGCCAACAAAGGUCCGUCUGGUCAAAGAUACGGUUUUUCCAGUAGUGAUGUAUGGAUGUGAGAGUUGGACCAUAAAGCUGAGCGCCAAAGAAUUGGUGCUUUUGAACUGUGGUGUUGGAGAAGACUCUUGAGAGAGUCCCUUGAACUCCAAGGAGAUCCAACCAGUACAUCCUAAAGGAAAUCAGUCCUGAAUAUUCAUUGGAAGAAGGACUGAUGCUGAAGCUGAAACUCCAACCCUUUGGCCACCUGAUGAGAAGAACUGACUCAUUUGAAAAGACCCUGAUGCUGGGAAAGAUUGAAGGCGGGAAGAGAAGGGGACAACAGAGGAUGAGAUGGUUGGAUGGCAUCACCGACUCAACGGACAUGAGAUUGAGUAAACUCCGGGAGUUGGUGAUGGACAGGGAGGGCUGGCGUGCUGCAGUCCAUGGGGUCGCAGAGUCGGACACGACUGAGCGACUGAACUGCACUGACUCCAGUAGCAGGCGUGAAGGCUGUGGCUCCUGGAUGUUCUUUGGAAGCCUGGGCUGGGGGUCGGGGGAGGGCGGGAAGUGACUGCCUCCCAUCCCCACUCUUGGCACACAGAGAGCCUGAGGACAAGGGUCGCGGGUUACCCGGCACCCAUGGUCCUGUUCUGCCAAGACCAGUCCCGACGUCAGAGCAGCCAACACGGAAACUGCCUCUUCACAUGAUUUCUUUCAGAAAGAAUCCUCCGAAGAACCCAAAGGCC